AUGAUGGCAAUCAAAGAUAGCAAAGAAAAACGCCUAACUUUGAGUGGUAUUUAUGAUUAUAUUACCAAGAAAUAUCCAUUCUAUAGAGAUAAUAAACAGGGAUGGCAAAAUUCUAUACGACAUAAUUUAUCAUUGAAUAAAUGUUUUGUAAAAGUUCCACGCAGUUUUGAUGAUCCAGGCAAAGGUAAUUAUUGGACAUUGGAUACUUCUUGCGAAAGUGAAGUAUAUAUUGGUGGUUCAACGGGUAAAUUAAGACGAAAGCCAAUAUCCACUCGUACUAGAUUAGAUGCUUAUAGAGCGUAUGGAAGUACAAGCUUCCCAAUUAUAUUUUUUCCUUAUUAUAAUAACGGGUGUCAUUUUCAUAGCUCUAUAAAUAAUUUACGAAUACCUGCUAAUAUGCAACAUUAUAUGUAUAAUAAUGAUUUUAUGAGAUUUUACGAGUCACAAGCGCUUUUUAAAAAUGAACAAUAG